GCUGUGUGAACGCCAGCGCUUCCUCGCCACACAUUCCUAGAAAAUAAAUCUUUUUAAAAAAUCUUAACGUAAAAACAUAUAUUUUUUACCAACUAGUUGAAGCAGGAGUAUUCGAACUGAAGAGUGGAACAAGAAUGUUAACUUACGUUUCUCUGGUUACUGUUACCAUCUGCAACGGGAAAAGCAAGCAAGGACAUGUUGAUUUUAUGCUCUAUUUUGUCAAUUAUUUAGGCAUUUUAAGCAACAUAUACGUAACGAUCUGGUCGUAUUUUAAACGUUUAAAAUAUUUAUCUUCUAAAUGUGAACUUCAUUAGAACUUGUCAAGCUUGCUAAACUUUGCUAGCCAGCUGGUUUAGAUUCGACCCUCGAGUUAGCGUAACCAGCCCCUUUAAAUUACGAACAAUUUCGUCUGAAAGGUAAAAUUGUCGUGUUUCGUUACGAAAAUGAACCCCGGUGCUCCUACUUACCCCAUGGCAUCCCUGUAUGUCGGUGAUCUUCAUCAAGAUGUGACCGAAGCCUUGCUAUACGAACAAUUCAGCCCCGCCGGCGCCAUCCUUUCAAUUCGAGUGUGCAGGGAUAUGAUCACCCGUCGUAACCUCGGGUACGCCUAUGUCAACUUCCAACAGCCAGCUGAUGCUGAGAGGGCUCUAGACACCAUGAACUUUGACGUGAUCAAGGGCCGUCCCGUCCGCAUCAUGUGGUCUCAGCGUGACCCAUCCCUGAGGAAGAGCGGGGUGGGCAACAUCUUCAUCAAGAACCUAGACAAGUCUAUUGACAACAAGGCCCUCUACGACACCUUCUCUGGCUUCGGCAACAUCCUGUCCUGCAAGGUGGUUUGUGAUGAGAAUGGCUCAAAGGGCUAUGGCUUUGUGCACUUUGAGACCCAGGAGGCUGCUGAAAGAGCCAUUGAGAAAAUGAAAGGCAUGCUGCUCAAUGACAGGAAAGUGUGCAGUGCCAUGAGUAUCCGCGUCAUGACUGAUGACAGUGGCAAAUCCAGAGGCUUUGGCUUUGUGAGCUUCGAGAGGCACGAGGACGCCCAAAAGGCUGUUGAUGAGAUGAAUGGGAAGGAGAUGAAUGGGAAGGAGAUUAAUGGGAAGGAGCUGAAUGGAAAGCUCAUCUACGUUGGCCACGCCCAGAAGAAGGUGGAGCGCCAGACAGAGCUGAAACACAAGUUUGAACUGAUGAAACAGGACCGCAUGACGCGCUACCAGGGUGUCAAUCUCUACGUGAAGAAUCUUGACGAUGGAAUUGAUGACGAGCGCCUGCGUAAAGAGUUCUCCCCAUUCGGCACCAGUGCCAAGGUAGGGACCAACCUCCUGGCUGUUGACACGUGUUAAAGAGGACCAACCUCCUGGCUGUUGACACGUGUUAAAGAGAACCAACCUCCUGGCUGUUG